CAGGUGGAGGCUUCAGAAAAAUGUCUCCGGACACAGGGACAGGUGAGAAUAUAGGGAACAGUCCCGGAAGAUGCUGGUAAGGAGGACAUUGGUGGGAUUGAAGGGGACUGGUGGUGAGGUUUAUGUCUUAAAGCUAAAGCAGCAAAAGAACCACAACUCCCAGCAGGCUAUGGGCUGGAUUCCACAGCUUGCUGGGACUUGUAGUUCAGUUCUGUCUCCUCUCACAGGCGCCAUGCUGUACGGACUCUGCAGGAUCAUCCGGGGCGGCGCUGCCGUCUGCCGCCACACCGCCGCCACCACCGGGGUACAGAGCGAUCGCCAAUUCUCCGCCGCCCACCAACCGCGAGACUACUCUCUGCCCAACCCCACCUGGAGCCCCGACACCAAGAGACUGUACGAGGAGCUGAGCCGAGACCGGAGCUGGAGGAGACUUCCCUCUUACAAGGAGUUCGCUCGCAGCAGACAGAGUAUAAGUCCGGAGGCAGAGAGGAAAACUCGUCUCUUCACCAGGAACCUUGACCAGGAUGGAAUCGGCUUUGAGUAUUGCAUUUUCUAUAACGAGGCGGAGAAGAGGACGGUCUGCAUAUUCCAGCCCGGGCCCUAUCUGGGGGGCUUCGCGGGGUACGCACACGGAGGCUGCAUCGCCACCAUCAUAGAUGCCACAGUGGGGGUGGGAAUUGCACACGGCAUCGGACCGGCUAUGACGGCCAACCUGAACAUCGACUAUCGCAAUCCGAUUCCUCUGGGAUCUACAGUCCUCAUAGACAGCCGAGUGGAGAAGGUAGACGGUCGGAAAGUCUACAGCAACAUCCAGGUCCGCAGUCAUGACGAUGCCGUGCUUCACAACGAGGCCACCGCUUUGUACAUUAAGUUGAAGACUUAGGAGACGUUGAAGACACUCGGGAGACUCUGAAGUAUAAAUUGUUUUGCACAUUACAGACAUCCGGAAAUAUUCCCGAUUCUGUUGUUUUGCAGCUGCACUUUGUAUUGUAUCCUGUCUGUCACUAGAGGGCAGCAGAUCCCGUUCCAUAGGACCCCUGGGAGACGUCUUUCAGGGGCCAACUGUUUAUAACGUACUUACCCGCUCUUAGAUCAACCGUUCUGGCGGUCCCUGUAGUGGGUCCCUCAACCUCAAAGAUGCCUACUUCAGUAUUUGUUCUACCUUACUAUGGGGGCCACACCGCCCCCCCCCCCCCCCCCCAAAGCCAACAGCCAGUACUGCUCAACGGAAACCUCCUCAGUAUACUUUGUGUGUUCUCCUCCUGGGGCUGAUUUACUAAAUGAGUGACGCAUGGUCGCUGUUCCUUGCAUGUGAUUGGGUGUUCUUUGCAAAGUGACUUUUCAGCGCAUUCUCUAAACUAAGUGAAAGUUCCCUCUCAUAUAGUGAUCCCAUUCUACUCCUUUAGUAAAUUCGCCCCACCUGUUAUUUAUGACUCCUCCCACGACUGUAUUAAUAAUUGUUUAUUUUUAUGGUAUGUACAUUUUAUGUUAAGUGAAUAAAUACAGAAAAUAUUUCACAGCA